CUGGAGCGCUGCGAACGAGAUGCUCAUCGUCUUGCCAUGACCAAGAUCGCGUUGGUGAGAAUGUCUGCCGCACACUACUUACGUGCGGUUUUGGUUGUGGAGGGUGUGGAAAAAAAGAAGGCACGGAGAAGAAAGGAUUCAGAGGACACCGACUUUCAUUAUUUUCUUUUCGCGACCACUGAUCGAAGGACGACCAAACGUUCACCUCAAGGCUGAGGAAUUAUGGUUUCGUCGUCCUCCUCCGCCGGUGCUCUCGCGAGCUCCACUCCAAAUCAAGGCGCGAACAGGCAGGGACAGGUGGGAGCGGGUGGAGCGGCGGCAGAUGAUCCGAGGGACAAGACCAUCAAGGGACCAGCGCUGGCCUCUGCCUCGCACACGCUUCAGCUCGUUGUGCUCCUCUCUGUCAAUACGGUGCUGGUGCUUCUCAGUCUCUGGCUUCUCCCUUCGCACCUCAUCUGGAGACAGGCACGAAAGACGUCGUCGGCCUCUGCCCUGGCCCAGGCCACCGUGGGCGAGCAGCCGCCAUCGUCGCCGCUGGCCACCUCGAUGCUGUCCGAUGUUGCGCUCGACGGUAGCUCCGAGUCCUUUUUCCGCAACCUAUCUGCCGCCCUCUCGCUCCUCUUUGGCCUGCCCUCCAGCGACAGGGCAGGAGCCGCCUGGAUCCGCCGGUCGUACAGGAGUGCCCUCGCCGCCACGUUUCUCGCCCAGGGCUGGUUCGUCGCCCGCUUCAAGGGCUGGUGGGACGAGGCCGAGGCCAUGGACCGGGGCGACCGGGAAGAGGUUCUCAAGCGCAGGCGUGUCGGCAUUGGCAAGCAGAUGGAGGGCGUCACCUUGACUUCGUUUGCCCUGCCCCUGCCCAUGCUCGCCCUCUUCGCCAUCGCCUUUCUCCUCGGUGCGCCGCUGCUCACAAACCCGCUCGAUGGCCUCGUCGCGAGCUUCUACCUCGCCACGCUCGCGCUUCUUCCCGCCGUGCACUUGCUGGGCACCGACGUCGACGAGUGGUGCAGCACAUUUAGCGCCGCUGCCUUUGCGUCCGACGAGACCAAGCGAGGCGCAAAGCGCUUCAGGCUGCUGAGCACAAUCGUCUACGGCCCACUCCUUGGUGGUUUCAUCGGCUCGGCAGGCAUGCUCCUCGAUUGGGACAAGGCAUGGCAGGCGUUUCCAAUUCCCACCAUCCUCGGCGCCAGCAUGGGCUUGGCAAUUGGCAAUGGCAUUGCCAUGCUCACCUACUGGUCGUCGCUGCCAAAGAGGACCUCGACGACGCCCACCGUGGAGCGGAAAGCGCUGUCCAAGACAAGCAGCAGCGAGCAGCAGCAGAAGAAGAAGAAGAACAAGAGGCGGUAGUAGCAUCUAUAGAAGAACGUCCAUAUCCCCAUUUUCAGCAGUAGAAUUCAUGGCAUUCAGACUUCA